AUGCAGGCUACCAUACCAUCGCCACAGCGCUCUCGCGCAUCAUCACGAAGCAAGUCACCGCUCUCUAUCGACCUGUCAGACUUGCCACCACUAGUCGAACCAUCACCACCCUCAAACACUCUCAUCAUCACCAAUCUUUUGGCACCCGAAAUCUUCCAACUAUCUACUCUUACCGAGAUCCGCGAAACAAUCAACCAACAUGCGAAGGUGCACACAUGGGCGCCACUCAAAUCUUUCCGUCGCAUAGUGGUUUCCUUCUUCGAUACCGACUCUGCGAUACAAGUUCGCCAGGCUCUUGACGGUGAGCAGCUCAUGGGCUUCCGUAUCCGCGUAUACUUUGGCGUGAACACACCCAUGAACCCCUCAGACCAGCACCUGGCACUGCCCAAGUCGGAUCGACUCUUCUUCAUCUCACCACCACCAUCGCCGCCUAUGGGCUGGGAAACAAAGGAAGAGGAUGCACCCAACACCAUCGUCCACCCCGAGGAUCUGGCAGCAGCACUAGCCAAGCUUCAUGCAAACCCCGAGGCCUCGUCACCUACUGAUAACGGAAGCAACAUCAUCACCAGGAGGCGGACAGGCAGUACAACUGUAGUCUACCACCCGGAGGACCACGGCGACUCGCCUAACCUUCCUGCCAUAUCCGUCGAAGACACAACCGAGACGCCUGAGGCUUUGACGCCCCUCGAUGCAAUGGAGGGAGUCGAAGGACCUAUUGCUUCGCAAAAAGCUCAAGGCAUGACUACCAGCACCGCUAGGCCACCAGUCGAGCUCAUGCACUGA